AUGUCCGUUACGAUCAACGCUUCGGGCGCAUACAGCGUCAAGCGCGCUCCCGAGCUCGCCAACCUCAACCUUCGUAUCAGCGCCGAGCGCCCUACCGCCUCCGACGCGCUCGAGGCCGUGCGUAGUACUUCUUCCGACAUCUCAGCCACGAUCCGUAACCUCGCUGCUCCCAAGUCUGAGGUCUCGGCAGCGAUCGGCAGCGAAGAGCUCGACAUCGACGACCAGGCUCGCGACCCCGCCUUCCCCGUCACCAGCUGGAGCAUGCAGCAGCUGCGUACGUGGAGCGUGACACCUGCUGUAGAUGACAAGCCCCGUCCGCCUCCUCAUCAGGCACGCAUGAUGACCAUGGUCGAGGAGGAAGUUCAGGAGGAGAAGGUCAAGAAGGUGUUCCAUGCCGAGACCUAUAUCAGCGUCACGUUCCACGACUUUGCCAAGCUCAGCGCCUUCAUUGAGACGACCACUACGAACGACAUUGUCUCGAUUGACGGCGUCGACUGGGAGGUCACGCGAGCCACACGCAAGGCACUGCAGACGCGCGUGCGCCAGGGCGCGUACGCGGACGCGCUCGCCAAGGCCAUCGACUACGCCGCGGCGAUCGCGCCCAACGUCACGCCCCGCGCGACGGAGGUGCACGACGACUCGAUGACCCACGUGCGCGGCCGCGCGUACGGGGCGCAGCCUGUGAUGAGGAUGAUGGAUGCCGGCGGUGGCAGAGCGGAGGCCAUGACCUUUGAGCCUGAGCCUAUCGAGAUCUCGGCCCAGGUCCGUGUAGCGUUUGCCCUCAACCUCUAG